AUGUCCGCAGAGAGCAUCGACUCAUCCACCCUGACCUCGGCCGACAACAAACUCACCCACUCCCACCAAAAUCGCCCUCGUAAACACUCUGCAGACAGCCGAAACAGACGCGAAGUCAUCGCACUCGACGGCCAGAUGUUCGAAUCAGCCCCUGCGCAGGAAGAUCCAUCUGCCGCUGUUCUGCAUCUUCAGAACUACAGGAAGAACAACAACAUCAUCGACCCCAAGGGCCACGGUAGGGAGCAGUCGAAUGUGGCAAAGAGCCCAGCCAAACUGUAA